CCUCUUUUUUCAACCUUCUUCUACACCUUUUUUACACCACCUUCUCCUCUUUCUUUGCUUGCUCCCUCAUUCACUCUAUCCAUGUCUCCUUCCUCAACCUCUCUCACUCUCUCUCUUCUCAAAAUCUCAAUAGAUUACUGCACUUCUACCACAACUUUCCCUUUGUACUUCUUAUAUGCUUACGCAUAUUCCUCUCUGCUUCUCAACAAAAUUCAUUGAUGCUUAUAUAGUUUAAGAAGGGGAAGGAGGAGGAGAAGAAGAAGAAGAAGCAUGGAUGGCAGAGUUAUCUGUCCUCUAGUACAUCUUCUGUUAGCCUUCCUCUUCUGUUCAUCAGGUUCGAUCACUAUUGCAAGAAAGUUGGAAUUAGGGGAUACAAAAGAGCACCGUAUCCUUAUUUUUGAAGAAAAUUUACAAAAAUUAACAAUGAUUUUCACUACCCAAAAGGACAUCACCACUCCAAUAACAACGGUUCCAACAAUAACGCCGACUAAUCCCACACCAUCAACCACUCCAAUCAUGAACCCUAAUUCGGAUCCGGACUCAACCACAUCACCCAUGACACCGACACCAAUGGUGACCCCAGCCCCGACAACAUCGUCACCGGUGAGUGGUUCUGGAGGAGUGAGCUGGUGUGUGGCUAGCCAAAGUGCAUCACCAACAGCAUUACAGGUGGCAUUGGACUAUGCUUGUGGGUUUGGUGAUGGUGCUGAUUGCUCAGCAAUUCAGGGAGGUGGAACUUGUUACAAUCCUAACACACUCCAUGACCACGCUUCCUAUGCGUUCAACAUUUAUUAUCAGAAGAAUCCUGUUCCUACUAGUUGCAAUUUUGGAGGAACUGCUGUCACUACCAGCACUAACCCAAGUACGGGAACAUGUCAAUAUCCAUCCACAAGCACGAGUUCAUCCGUAUUGAAUACAACAAAUUCAGAUGGUGCAAGGGUUUAUGGAGCAGUGCCUUAUACCCCCUCUCCCGCAACUUCAUCGGCUUACAUAAUUCAAAUCUGCUGCUUGUCACUGCCUACCAUCACAUUUCUCCUAACUAUGCAUGCUCUACAUUAACUAACGGUUCGAUUGCAAUCGGGAGUAUUUUAGGAUUUCUACUUCUGCGCGCUCAAUAGAUGAAAUAUAUAACUACAGCGCUGAGUUUGGUGUGAGGACUCGGAUUGUAUAACGAUCAAAUUGAUGGCUGAUGGUAUGCACAAGACCAUCGACUUGGUCAAGAAAUUAAUUAAUAGCAGUCGAGAUUUCUGCGGACGAAUUUUUCAAGCUUGCGGUUACCAAAUCAUAUUUUUGAUCGAUCUAUAUGUACAUGGAUUAAUGCUGUUGAUUGAGGUAGAAAGGUUUUUUAUUUUUGUGCUACUGCUGGAAACUUGCUAGUUGUAUUUCCUACGUUGCAGGUGCCAAAUCCAUCCUUUAUGUUAUCGCAACUCAACUCAUCUUA